AUGGAAAGACUAGUGCUGUCUAAUGACGACUUUUCCAGUACAAAUUCAACUUCAGGCUUUCCUUGUAUUGGAAUAUUCAAGUUUUUAUGUGAGGAAGACGAAGAACCACUUCCUGGAUCACCAGCACAAACAGCGAAAUCACCUACUGGUUUUACAACACAGUUAAUAUUAUGUACUUCGGUUGGCUUUGUUUGCUUUUUACUAUUUUGCUUUUUGAGAGUCAGGUGGAGCAACAUAUACUCGCCAAGACUUCGAAUGAAAAAACAUGCACCUGAACAGUUACCCACCAGUUUCUUUGGGUGGAUUAUACCCCUUUUGAAAACACCUGAUUCUGUUAUUAUGGAGAAAGUUGGCUUAGAUGCUGUUGUGAUGUUACAAUUCUUGUUGAUGAGUGUCAAAUUGUUUUCAUUUUGUGGAUUUUUCGGAACAGUCGUGUUAUACCCUAUCAGUAAAAUGGGCGGCGAUUUUGCCAAUGGUACAAACCCAAACAAUACCCAUAGUCUGCUUACGACAGCCAUCACAACCUCACAUUCGAUAUCUUAUUUAUGGGUUUAUUUGUUCUUUACGUAUCUCUUCGUAUUCGCUACUUUUUAUUUCACAUUCUUAAAUUAUCGUGGUUAUGUUCGUAUCAGAAGGGAAUUUCUCUUGAGAAAGGCAAAGACAUUAUCCGCCAGAACACUCUUGGUCACAGGUAUUCCACCUCAUCUACGGUCAGAUCGAAAAUUAGCAGAGUAUUUUGAAAAAUUGGGCAUUGGUGUAGUCGAAUCCGUUCAUACGAUCCGACACGUAGGUCGGUUAUUGGAAUUCAUAAAGGAAAGAACCCAGUACUUGAGACAACUAGAGACCUGGUACACAAAAUGGCUGGGAAACCCUUGUUUUGAUCCAAAUUAUGAUUCUGAUGACAUGCUGAAUGAAGAUGGACCGAGCAGUAGAGCGAUCAUUAGGAGAGACAGGCCGCUGAUGAGCGAGGGUCUAUUUUGUGGUGCAAAAGUUGAUGCGAUUGACUAUUAUACAAACAAGUUUAAUGAAGUAGAUGAAUUGGUUGUCAAAGCACGCAAGGUCGGUAAAUUCUUGCCUACAAGUGUUGGAUUCAUUACGUUUGAAGAAACGAUUAGUGCUUAUGUUGCCUCCCAAGUCUUGAUUGAUUCUACGCCUUUUAGACUUCGUGUUCAACUUGCACCCGAGCCAAGAGAUGUUCUUUGGGAAAAUAUAGCAAUGCAUCAAAGAGAACGUUUAAUACGUAAAGCAUUGGUCUUGUUUAUAUUGCUAUUCUUGGUCUUUUCAUGGACUAUUCCCUGUAAUUAUCUAUCUGCUCUGACUUCAACUAAAUCGCUCAAGGCGUAUUUCCCCUGGUUACUGAAGUUGGCAGAAAAGAACAAGAUAUUGAAUCAGAUCGUAGCUGGAUUUAUACCCACUUUAGGCGUCGUCAUCUUUUUCUCUAUCCUGCCUCUUAUCUUUAAUAGUCUAAGUGUCAUUGAAGGAUUUACAACAAGAAGUGAAUCAGAAGAAUCAUGUUUUGCAAAACAAUUCUUCUUUUUAUUCUUUAACGUAUUGUUAUUUAUCACUGUUGCAAGCACAUUAUUCAAGUCUCAAAAAGAUAUUUUUGAAGAUCCUACCAAGAUCGCCAACAUCUUUGCUUCUAAAUUACCUGAAGUAGCACCAUUCUAUAUCAAUUAUACUGUGCUUCAAGGCAUCAUGCUAUGUCCUAUACAGCUAUUACAGAUUGGACCUAUUCUUGUCCAACAAUUUUACUGUUGGUUCCUGUGUAAGACUCCACGUGAUUUUGCUGAAGUAUACGCACCACGUAUGUAUAACUUUGGAUGGGGAUAUCCUGUACCUGUUUUCAUGUUUGUCGUCGUCUUGGUCUAUUCAACCAUCUCACCGCUCAUUCUUGUAUUUGGCGUUAUUUAUUUUGCCAUGACGUACUUGGUAUGCAAGUACCAGUUACUCUAUGUCUAUUUCCAUUCAUAUGAAGUGGCGGGUAGAAUGUGGCCCAUGGUAUUCUCACGUAUCAUCAUCGCCUUGAUCAUUUUCGAGUUGACAUCAGCAGGCUUAUUUACACUAAACAAGUCAUUCUACUUGGCCGCUUUAUGUGUACCAUUACUAUUUUUGACAGUCAUUUACAAGUAUAUGAUGGACAAGGCCUACCAAAAGAGCACACAGUUUUUACCUCUUCAACUACUCUCUGAGAAAUUGGGUCCACUGACGACAGUUGCGCCUAUAUUGAAUCAUGGCAGUCGUAGUAGCAGCAAUUAUAACAUCAGAAAGAGGCGCACCGUGUUGGAUGAGGAUGAUUAUGUUGCAGAGCCAAGAAAGAAUACGGACUUCAGAGAACCACCGAUGACGUUAUUAAAUGGCAUAUUAAAUACAGGUAUGAAACAGUAUGGCCAUCCUGCACUACUCGGCGUGCUCCCUCAACCCUGGCUGCCCAUGAAAGCCAGUCCAGCUGUGUCCAAUCCUGGCCAUAGCCGUGAGAUUCAACAGGAUGAAGAAACGGGUAUGAGUAAUAAACAAGAUUCAAACGAAACCGCGCCGCUGCUGGUAACAUCACCCAUUGAAUACGAUGAAGGAGGACAGACGGAUGAGGAAGAGGAAGAGGACAAUGUAGGCACCUAUUAUCAUCACCCGGAAAGACGUCUAUCAAGAAACUUGAGCAAAUCUUAUGGAGCCAUUCCAUAA